GGUUUCUGCAUAGAAUAAUCAUGUCUGAGCUUUUCUCCCCCCCCAGAACGAGAACAUUGAGGCGCUCCAGAGGAUGAUCAGGGCUUUGCUGGAGGAGGCCCCCUCUGUCUGGAACUUAAUCAGCAUCUUGAAGGCUGCGAAGAGUCUGCCGUUGCUGCAGGCGGCUGUUUAAGACCUCCCCCACCAGUGACUCCGCCAAGGGCAAGCCCCCCAGAGGGAGGUUCUUUAAACGGAAACACCGCGUUGAGCCUACUCCAGCACCACCUCCAACUCCCACAGGGGGCUCCCCGGCAGUAUCCAGAGUCACCAUCGAUGAGGAGGUGCCCCAGGUUGGGACUGGGGCUGACUCUUUGGGGAAGAUCUGACAACUGGAGUGGAGAAAAUGGAAAGAGCUGAGGUCAUCCUCUGCUGGGCUGAAUUCUUGACGUCCGUUAUUGACGGUAUUAAGGAUGCCAAGUCCUGUGAAAAUGAGAUGCUGUCGUAUGAAAAAGACAAGGCUGUGGACGCCGUACUGGAGAGUGAGAUGUGGCAGAGAAUGGAAGAGGAUGACCAAGCGCAGGCUCAGUCAAAACCUGACUGCCAAAAGUUGCGAAGAGUCUGCAGAUGCUGCAGAAAGUUCUUUAAGACCUCCCCCAGCAGUGACUCCGAAAAGGGCAAGCCCCCCAGAGGGAGGUUCUGGCCACGAAGCAAGCGGGUUGAGCCGACUCCAGCGCCACCUCCAACUCCCUCAGGGGGCACCCCGGCAGUCUCGGGAGUCACCAUCGGUUUGACAACUAUCCAGGAGGAAGUGGACAGAGCUGAGGUCAUCUUCAGCUGGACCCAGUUCCUGUCCGCAGUAAUAGAAGACGUCAAAGACAUCAGGUCGCAGGGUGGUCAGCUUCUGACCUAUGAUAAGGAUGAGGCUGUGGAAGCCGUACUGCAAAAUGAAGCCGCCUAUGCCCUUCAAUCUCAAGGCAGCAGUCCUCAAUGUGGCGGUGUCCGGGCUGAACCAAGUGGACCCAGGGACCCAGGAGAACAUGGCAUCCUUUAAGAAGAUGCUCAGGGGGCUGCUGGAGGAGGCCCCCUCUGUCUACAGCACCAUUGGCAUCUUGAAGGAGCUCCACAGGUAUAUUGAAUCAGAGGAGCCCCGGCUGCAGGCUCUGGGCCGAGAAGCCUACGUCUACGUCCUGCAGCAUGUGGCCAGACUGCCCAAUGUGGAAGUACCCUGCUGUGGACAUGGCUUGGCUCUGCUUAAGCAUCCUCUGGGACCCCUUGUCAGCUUCCAGGUUCAGAAGAAGACCUCCCAUUGGUCCCUGGUCACACGGGGGCAGCCUGGCAGCACACUUGCUGGAGAGGGGCUGUUUCCACUGCAGCUCA